UAACCUGAAGUAUCUGCUGCACCCAGACAACGCAUAUCUCUGAGUGCAGUAACCUGAAGUAUCUGCUGCACCCAGACAACGCAUAUCUCUGAGUACAGUAACCUGAGGUAUCUGCUGCACCCAGACAACGCAUAUCUCUGAGUACAGUAACCUGAAGUAUCUGCUGCACCCAGACAGCGCAUAUCUGAGUACAGUAACCUGAAGUAUCUGCUACACCCAGACAGAGCAUAUCUCCAAGUGUGUACUAAUGAAAGAGUUCAAGUCCAUAAGGAGCGGAAACUCGUCGUCUGUAUUUUAGGCUGUUACUAUCUAAUAAUAAUGAUUUAACAUGCCGAAUGUGUUCACUAUUAGCAAGUAAUAGUAGCACCCCUUCGUACGUCUAAACAUAAGUGUAUAUGCAUGGCCAAUUUCGUUCCUUAUAAUUGGAUUACCAAUACGCUCAUUCCUUAGAUUAUACUGAAGAAGCUGCUGCUGGAUCUCAUACUUAUAUGAAUUUAACUUUUGUGGUACAUUCUAUUUGGAUUAUACUGAAGAAGCUACUGCUGGAUAUAAUACUUAUAUGAAUUUAACUUUUGUGAUACAUUCCAAGUACCGAUACCGCGCGUAGGUAUAAAGCCAUGUUGGGAUUACCUGUUGGAUUAUCUACCUGAAAUAGACUAAGAGAAAUCACAUUAUUGGAUAACCUUGGACAAUUGUCUUUAACCUGUUGGAGUACCAGUUGAACAACAUAAGUAGGAACAGAGGAAACUCCAAGAAUGAAGGGAUGGAAAAAGUUCAUCCACAUUUUGGCAUUUCUGUUUCUGGUUGGAAAUGACAUAGCAGACUUCAUCAGUGACUGGCUGUUCUGGGCUGAGGUCAGGGUCGUUGGGAAGGGCAUUGUGUACGGUGAACCAGAUCAAGCCGCCGUUUGGGCGCUGUUGGCUUUCUGCAUUGUUGGCACCAUCACUUUCAUUUUUGAGAUCGUCAACCUGUGGUGGGAGUCCUUCAGGGGAAACCCUUGGAUCGACUCGGACCUGCUGUCGGCGGUGGUCAUCUGGAUUGAGGACAUCCCACAGGUAGCUAUCAGCAUGUACUUGGUAUUGUGCCGGGAGGAGCCAAUCAGCGUGUUCCAGCUGGUCAAGGCUAGCGUCAUCAUUAUUGGCAUCUUCAUCAGGAUCAUAGUCAGCUUGGUCAAAUAUUGCAACAAAGAGGCCAUUCGCUCACAUCACCACGUCAAAUAUAAAGUCUGCAUCAUGUUAGGCAUGAUCAUUGAAGCUGCCUGCGCCGUUGCCAUCUUUGUAUUGACCCAGACUGAACGCGACGGCUCUGGCACGGUCAGCUUCCGAGUCCCCACCACCAUCAUUGAUGACCAGUUGGACGACCAGCGCUACUUCGGCAACGUCAGCAUCUUUGCCAGCCACGCCUACUUUUUCAACCAGGGCCAGCUCGACCCGGAUAAGAAAGAUUCCGUUGUGAACUGGAUUAGGCUGACCACCAUCAACAAACUCAGGUCCAGUCCGAACAAAGAGUUAAACUUUAGGAUACAGUUCGAGCAGAUUGCUAACAUCCUUAAAAUGGCCAUCUGGGAAAAGCUUGCAGCAUGGACUUUGGUUGUUUGUUACAACGUGGACAUCUCCAUAGCGUCCAUACAAAAUGUGACCAACACAACAUGUGCUGCUACAAACUAUUUCAACGACCCGGUCAACGCCUUCAUCAAGUUCAGGUAUGAAGAACCUUCCAGCAUGUUCAAGAAGAAUGUCCUUGGGGAAAUAUACGUCAACAUGAAGCUGAACCAGAGCGGCCAGUGCACACCCUACAGCGACUACAGAUCCACCAUCGAGGAAAGUCUGAAGGACCAAGUCAACAUGACCUUGCAUUACUACCGCACCGUCCUGUCCCUCCUCCCAACAGACACCAACCACAUGAAGCAUAACGGGACCCAAGACCCGACGUUUUUCAAAAAUAUCAAAUCAGACAUGACAGACGUGUCUGAAGUCUGGAGGACAGGAUGGAUGGAAUGCGAGGCUACAGGUCACGUCGGCCCGGUACUUGACCAAGGGGUGGAACUCAAUUGCUCCAUGACUUAACUACACGAUCCGACUAGAUUAACUCGUUAGAAAACUGUUCUUUAUAUCAUUUUAACAACUGUCUUCCAUUUAUCUACUCAAACCCGAUUCUUUUAUCUUGCUCUAACUGACACUAGCCUGGAUCGACUGUACCGGAUAUAUUCUCAUUACAAGACUAGACUCUAGACAACGUCCAAAUUAAUAAUUGGUCCCUUUUACAAUAGGAUUGGACUUUAACAAGAGACAUUCACUAGACUGUAGUAAAUCUGACAUCACGACCUGCAAAACAUCACCAACAAGAUUGAAAAUCAAUCGCACUUCAUUCAUCAGCAUUCUCUUGAACUUGAUGGGUGCAACUUGUCUAUUUGUAGAUCUAGAUGCCCGUAAAUCUGUAUCUAUCAAGACAAGAGCCGAGAAUUUCCCAGAAAAGAGAGACAGCAUCCAGACUGAUAAGACAGUUGCGAGAACCGUAAACAAAUAAGAACCAGUUUGAAAUCUUAAACUGAACAAAAAAAAAGUUUACAAUGUGCUGGGUCUCUCAUCUUAAGUUACAAUAGAGGAUGGUCCCCCACGAUUGUAACCUUUAAAAAUCUUUUACUGGUGUGUGUGUAUGUAUGUAUUGAUACAAUCUAUUACUUUGACUGGUAUGUUGUUUUUUUGUUUCCUUUUUUUUUAGACUUCAAAUGUCAUUACUUUUAAAUUUUAAUGUAGCUUUAAACGUCAAUCAUCGCCCUUUACCAGGGCCCAAUGGAAGAGUCUUUGUAUUGUAGUAUUGACAUGUUUAGUUAAUGACUAUUCAUCAUGAGACUAACUUUGUUGUAAUUUCAAAAGGUUUUGAUUUUUUUUCAUGCGUCAUACGAGGACAGUUAAAAUAUGGAUUUAUCUAUUCAAAUAAAAGUAUAAUAAUAUCACAAAAGUCGUAACGGAAUGAGCUAUAGAUAGAUUAUUACAUUUCCUUUUUAGAGAUACAUUUAGAAUGUGUUAUAAUAUUAGCCUCAGGGCAACAGAGAUCUGUUUCAAGAGCCUACACGUUCAAAAAAAAAAAAGUGAGAUUUAUGUGUUUGUGUUUUCCUGUGAUGUAGCACUUACCAAAGAGAACCUCAACACAUCAUAACAAAAAACUCAAAUCUGUGUCCCUGGUCCUCAGUGUUGACACUUUUCUAUUACAUAUUCAUUACAAUAAGUUUAGUAUUAAAGCUGAUGAGGAGUUUGUUUUAGAUGAGAGAAUUGUAUGCAUUGGCCGCCUUCAGUCGUAGAACGACUAUGGUUCAUCUCGAACACUUCUUUAUGUGGCUGUGGAGCCCUAUUUUGGAGAGACACUCCCGUCCCAGCUCCUCUACCGUUCGCUUUGGUGGUAGAGGAGCUGGCCAUUUUUCAUAUGGCACGCUUUUCUUCCAGAGCUGAGGCCCAUGUUUUCUCGCUGUCCGAAGCUUUCUUGGUCACCGUCUCUCUCCAACCAGUGCGGUCUAAGGCUAUGUCUUCCCACUGGUCUUUAUGAGAGAAGUAUUAUAGAAUCAAGUUCCUUAUUAGCACACAGUUUGUUUUCUGGUCAGUUCUUCCCUAAUACUCUAGAACGUAGAGAGUAUGUCAAGCUAACAAGUGAUGCAACAUUUUCAUUUUUUUUCUGCCAUCGAGUUAGUCAAUUUGCUUUGUUGUCUGAUGUCAUAUAGAUCUAAAUUGGGUUUAAAAAGAGAUUUCUUAAUUUGCCAUAGAGCACUGACAUAAAAAAAAAAACAUGUAAUAUUCCUAUAAUUAGAUAUUUCAAGAACUUCAAAACAGAUAAACAAAAUAGACACAGAUUUGAGAGGAUGCCCUGGAACGUAAACCUGCUAUUAAUUAGCAAUCAAAGGAUUAAUUUUUCUAGGGCAGUGUUUCCCAAACUGUGUUCCGCGAGGCCUGGAUAGGUGUUCCACGAACUACCCAGAAUGUGGGAAGUGUUCAAUGAAGGGAAAUGUUUGGGAACCACUGUUCUAGGGUAUACUGUGAGUCGACAUCACACCCUAACAAAAUCUGAGGCAAGGUUCUCAAAUUUUCAGUACAGCUGAACACACACACACACACACACAUAGACACUAGCACACACAUAGACACUAGUUGACUUAGGUCAAUGAAGGUUUUAGUGAAACUGACCAACACACACACACACACAAAGACACUAGUUGACUUAAGCCAAUGAAGGUACUAGUAAAACUGAUCAACAGCAAAGCACUUCAAAUGCAGGACAUCAUUACUAAUUGUGUUAUUUAUUUUAUGCGUGUUAUUUUUCUCAGUCAUGUUAAUAAAGUUUUAAUUUUAUAAUAAUCAA